UUUUUUUUUUUUUUGGAAGCCGAUCGAAUUAUCUUUCGUAAUUUUGCGAAGGAACCUCGACAAAACCCUUCGAGGUAAAAAAUAAAAAAUAGCGUUUUUGUGCAACAUCAACUGUUAAAAUAUGGGCAGUCGACUCCCAAUAACGCCUUCCACGACCGAACUCUGGCCCCAUUUAACAACCCCGUGAAGACUACUGUGUAGGCCUAGAUUCUCGGCCAAUAUAUAACUUGAUCCCCAGUUCUUGCCAUAAUUUCUCACUGUCGAAGCUUCAGUUUCACUUCACCGAAACGUUCUCCAAUUUGUUUGCUCAGCCUUCCCAGCAGUUUGUUUUUGGAAUCAUCUCCUCUCAACCAGCAUCAUGUCCAGCCCAAAGGUUAAAAUCUUCUAUGUCGACUAUAUGGGCCGUGCCGAAAUGAUUCGACUGUUGUUUGCUGCCGCAGGAAAACCUUUUGAGGACGUUAGGUUUUCUCUAGAGGAUUGGUCGGCAAAGUGGAAGUCAAAGGCCCCCUUUGGAACGUCACCAUGGGUGGAGGUAGAUGGAGAAGUCUAUGCACAGUCAAUAGCUAUUGCUAACUAUUUUGCCAAGGAGUUUGGUUUUUUUGGGAAGAACAACAAAGAAGCUCUUCAUAUCGAACAGAUGGUGAACCUCAUUCAGGACUUCAUGGUUAUAGCGGUUUCAAUUGAUGACCAGUAUCAGGACCAAAAAAAACAUAGAGAGCUGACCGAAGACUGCAAGAAAAAUACUAUGCCUCGCUUCUUUGGAUUCUUCGAGAAAAUUCUAAAAGCCAGUGGAACAGGUUAUGUUGUAGGAAAUCAGAUGACCCUUGCUGAUAUCGCCCUCUUUGACGUCCUCACUGGUUAUUUGAAGAACUUCGCAGGACCAUUAGAUGACUACCCAUUGUGCGUAGCCUUGAGGGACAAAGUUGGAGCUAAUGACAAAAUCAAGGCUUAUAUGGCAUCCCGACCCGUCACUGUUGGCUGAAUAUUCGAAGCGAAUCUGAACCCAUUACCCGGAGGCGUGGGUAUUCGUUUAUCGUGAUCAAUUGGAAACUUUUUUUAAAAGUCACAGAGCGACAUUACGAAUCUUGACGUAGGUUAAAUAAUCAGGUACAGGAAAGCCGCCCGUGGGCAACCUAUUCCAGGCAGAAUAGAAAGAACAAUUGGAUUUGAAGUAAAAAAAUUUUAAAAAUAUAAAAAAAAAGAAUGCAGGAAUGUUUUUCUUGAUGUUUCUACCAACUCAGAAAAGAGACGCAGUUUGUCUAAGGACAAUACCAAGAAAGCAUGCAACACAUGCCCCUCCUGCCCUCUGCUUGAGAAAUAUGCUUUUAAGUGCACAUCGCCAUUAAAUUUUUGAAUUUGGUCUUUUUCCCGGUUCUAAAGUCAAUUUUGCAAUCAUUUUGUAACUUCACCUAAUUAUAUUUUGUAUUUGUAAAUAAAAGUAAUUAAAAUUCC